AUGGCAGCUGAUGAAGGCUCACAGGACACUUUGCGGCUCCAGUUCAAGGCGAUGCAGGAGAUGCAGCACAAAAGGUUGCAGAAGCGGAUGGAAAGAAAAAAGGAAAAGGAACUGAGCCUCAAAAGCAAAGUUGAUGACGAAAAAGAGCCUUUGGAGGUCUCAGAUGGCCUCAGCCUUCUACAGACAGGGGAGCAAAACUCAAAAAACAGCUUUGAGCAGAGGGUGCUUGAAGAUGAGAUUGAACAGCUUCGAGAUGAGCUCAGGGAAACAGUCGAUGAAAAUGGGAGGCUGUAUAAGCUGCUGAAGGAAAGGGAUUUUGAAAUCAAACACCUCAAAAAGAAAAUAGAAGAGGACAGAUUUGCCUUCACAGGGACAGCUGGUAUGGCUGGCGAUAUGGUUGCCACCAAAAUUGUCGAGCUGUCCAAAAAGAACCGGGUGCUGAUGGCAGAGUCAGAGGGUGCGAAAACCAAAAUGAAGCAGCUGACCAAUCGCAUCCAGGAGCUGGAGCGGGAACUGCAGACAUCCCUGGCCAGGCUGCCAGCCAAGGGGGCCACCGACACGGGAGCCAAGCCACCAAGGGUCCAGAUGGGAGACAGAGCCUCGCUGGAGACCCCAGAGGUGAAAGCCCUGCAGGACAGGCUGGCGGCCACCAACCUAAAGAUGAGUGACCUCCGCAACCAGAUCCAGUCUGUGAAGCAGGAGCUGCGGAUGGCCCAGAAGGUUUUGGCCAGUGAGGUUGGGGAAGACAUCAAUGUCCAGCAGCUCCUGUCCUCGCCAGGGACCUGGAGGGGUCGGGCUCAACAAAUUCUUGUUUUGCAGAGCAAGAUUCGAGAGCUUGAGAAGCAAUUGGGCCAGACCCGGAGCCAGUCUGCAGGAACGGCCAGUGAUGAGCCUGUCCAUCCAGACCCAAGGAAGCUGUCAGCCCAGGAGAAAAACCUGCUGAGGAUCCGCAGCCUGGAAAGAGAGAAGCAGGAAGGCUGGGAGAAACUUGCUGGUGAGCGGGACGCCCUCCAGAGGGAGCUUGAAGAACUAAAAAAGAAGUUCGAGGGCAUGAGGUCUCGCAACAAGGUGCUGUCCAGUGAGGUGAAGACCCUCAGGAGUCAGCUGGGGACCCUGGUGGAGAAGGGCAGGCAUGACGACGAGCUCAUUGACGCCCUCAUGGACCAACUGAAGCAGCUGCAGGAGAUUCUGGGCAGCCUGGGCCUGCAGGAGGAAAAGGCGCGAGCGUCCCAGCACCACCUGGACCAGCAGCGCCACAGCGAAGCUCAGCAGAGCAGCAGCCUCGUUGCCCAGCUGCGGGCCAUGGUGGCUGAGCGCGAGGCCAAGGUGCGGCAGCUGGAGUUGGAGAUCGGGCAACUCAGUGUGCAGUAUCUUCGGAAUAAAGGAGCGGGUGAGGGGUCCCGUGGUCCCGAGGUCGGCCCCGCCUACUCCAAAUUCCUGGAGGACCCGGGCCUGACCAAGUCCCCGGCCUCGGCAGGCAGUCACGUCGGCAGGCUUGGAUCUUCUCGCUCCGUGACCAGCCUGGGCCAUACGCUGGUGGAAUCUGCUCUCACGAGGCCUUCCCUGCCCAGUCCCCAUGGGACCUCACCCAGGUUCUCAGAUUCCCCAGAACAAAAAGGUUGGCAGACACAAAUGACAGAGAUCAAGGCCCUCUGGCAGGCUGCUGAGGUGGAACGUGACCGGCUCACCGAAUUUGUCACUGUCCUGCAGAAACGGGUGGAGGAGAGCAACAGCAAGCUCCUGGAGUCAGAGAGGAAGCUGCAGGAGGAGCGGCACCGCACCGUGCUGCUGGAGCAACAUCUGGAGAAGAUGCGCCUGGAGCCCGGGAGGGCACCAGCCUUGCAGAGAGCGGCCCCCAGGAACAAAACAGGUCUGCCCGCCUCUAACACCAGGCACAACCCGACCGGGAGCGAGAAGAAGGAGCCAUCCUUUGCCCAGCUCUCCGAUGUGCCCAUGGAGUCCCAGAUGGAGGAGCUGACUACCAGGCUGGCCACCCAGGUGGAGGAGAAUGAGAUGCUAAAGGCUGCCCUGGACAGUGCCCUGCAGGGAAAGGAGGAGGACUUCCGGAUGUACCACGAGACCCUGGGCCAGGUGAAAGGGGUCUUCCUGCAGGCCCUGCGGCAGCAGAAGGCAGACAAGCAAUAGGAUGGCGGCCCAGUGUCAGCCUGGCCAGGCGGGGCAGCCUCAGAUCUUGAGAAGAUGAGGCUGCGACUGAGGACUCCAUCUGCUCCAGGAAGCCAGCCUGGGGCAGCCAGCCCAGCCUCUUCCUUAAGAAUGACCAAAGCCAACGUCUCAGGCCAGGAGGGCAAAGGAGAAGCCCCGGGCAUGGGGCACUGCAGGGGCCCUGGGUGGGCUUGACUAUAGCAGGGGAAGAGGCCCACCAGCCAUUGGCAAGAGCUCUGGGACAGCAAGACAGCUGUGAGCAGACAGAGGGGGUCCCUCAGGCAGGUGCUCAAUGCCCUUGUCCUAGGGCCUAGCUGGGGGACCCUGCAUGCCCGCACGGCGCACAGGAGAGCCUCGGUGCUCCAGGCUGGGCACGUUCCCCCAUGCCAUGCAGCCCCACCCUGGCCCCCUCACCAGGAUGUCCUCACCCCCACCCCGGUUCCAUCUGUGGCCAUCCCCACCCUCCACAGACUUGAGGCACCAUAUUUUCAGCCACUUUGUCAGCCCUCCUCAGGGCUCCUCCUCAGAUGCCGACCCUCAGACUUGUAAUAAUAAUUAUUUUCAUAAUCACUGCA